AUGAUUGGUUUCGUGGAACGACUAAUCCCACGGCUUCUCGGGGAGGAACACUUCCCAACCCCGGCUACCAUCGAGAGGGCACACCGCCUGGGGCGAGCGUCGGAGCGGACCAGACCUAUUCUCGUGAAAUUUCUGAACUUCAGGGAUAAAGACAAAGUACUCCGUUUGGCCAGGGAGAAGAGGACGGUACAGUUGGAUAAUAAUCGAAUCUCAUUCUACCCAGAUUACAGCGUCGAGGUGCAACGCAAAAUGCUCGCCUUCAAUGAAGUGAAGAAAAAACUCCGGGAGAAAAAUAUAGAAUAUGCCACCCGCUACCCUGCUAAACUGAGGAUCCGACAUGGAGGAGGAUUUAAACUUUUUUCAGCCCCAUCUGAAGUGGAGACUUUUCUGUCCACUGUUCAGGAGGAGGGAUAG